AUGCAGAACCAACAGCAAUUCACGCUCCGUCCCAUCACCACUUGGCCCAUCCUGGUAUGCUCCGUCCUCUGCAACGCACUCCUUACUGUCUCGGUGCACUUCAUCCAGAAGCUGAUCAAUCACCACCUCCUCGCCGCAGCUCUCGACAAGACCGGUCCAUUCAAAGAGACAAACCAGCCUCCAGCUCUCUGGCAAAUCAACAUCACCCAUUGGCUCUUUCUCUGUCCUGUCACCGUAUGGAUAUACUGGUAUCUGUUCUUGAAGUUCGACCCAGCGCCAGGCGCGACUCAGAGGGACUAUCAGAGUAAGGUUACGAAGUGGACGGUGAUACUGGCAGGGAUUACUUUGGUCCUAUUUGUGGCGGAUGUAUUGCUCCUUACAAGGACUGAGUUGGUGUGUCCGUACGAUGAAGAUGUGAGCAAGUGCUGUUUAUGGGAUGAGCAUGAGAGUUGUCCAGCGUUUGCGAAGGGAUUGAUGGGAUGGUAG